AAUAUCCGCAAAUCCAACCGACCCCUCCCACCCCACUGUCAACAAUGGCUGAGAACGUCAAUAGCACUGUCUACGUCGGUAAUUUGGAUGAGAAGGUAACUGACAGGGUGUUGUAUGAUAUUCUUAUUCAAGCUGGCCGCGUGGUUGACCUGUAUGUGCCCCGUGAUAAGGAUUCUGAUAAGCCAAAAGGCUAUGCAUUUGCUGUCUAUGAGACAGAGGAAAUAGCAGAAUAUGCUGUCAAACUAUUUUCUGGUCUGGUGACAUUGUGCAACAAAACACUGAAAUUUGCGAUUUCAGGAAGAGAUAAACAAUCAAAAAACUCAUCAACAGAAACCCCUCCUGCAUUAAAUUCUUCUGUUAGACAAAGGAUGCAGUCUGUAUCGCCAUAUGAUAAAGAUAAAGAAAUCUCUCCAUAUUCUCUGAGUUUUCCUGCACCAUUUCGGUUCUCUGAGCAUCAACCAAGUUAUCCAAAAGUUCCCCCUGGUGUACCAUUACACCAGCAUAAUGGCUAUAGAUCACAUAGUGAUGGAUAUAGGUCACAUUAUGACGGUACCACAUAUGAAAACAGUGGACGAGUAUUUGGGGCAGCUUUGGAUAGUAUUACCCCUUCUAGGUUGGGUCGUUUUGAUGCUCGUAAUUCAAAGAAUUACUAUUCUCCUUACUGAAUGUCAGUAAAAUUGGUAAAAGGUCACCUCUAACGUAUCUGUACUGAGUAAGUAGUGUACUUCAUGUAUAAUCAAGGGGAUCCAGUAUCAAUUGCCAACUGGGUUCUUUUAGCUUUUGAUGUUCUUAGUACUGUUGUGUAUUUGACUAUGUGCUAUAGCCUAUGUAGUUUUUGCUUCAUUGUUUAGUUCCUCACAAGAAUCUUGUUUGUAUGGUAUUUAUACUUGUUUUAUUCUAUUUUUGUUUUUUAAAAGAUUCCGUAGAUCGUUUUAAAAAAGCUUCUUUAGAUAUAAUUGCAUCUAAGUUGAUGACAUUGUAG